AUGGUUGGUUUGCUUUGCCGCGAGGCGCGCAAGGGGUUAAAGCGACAGAGUGGGCCGUUGCUAGAGAGGCGGGGGCGGGACUCGAGAGCGAGGUCCUGGGGGAGGACCUUUCGGGGGCUGGCGAGUUCCUUCCUGUGGCGGGAGGGGGAGGAGAAAGAGGGGAGUUGCGAGGAGGGGGGAGGGCAGAUUCGCCUUCUGAAUUGUGCAUCCAGCUCCCAGGGAUCUGUGUUUUGCACCCACCUUGCAAGGAAGGAUUGCAACCUUGCAAUCUUUGCAAAAGGUGAGUGACUGAUGGAGGAGAGUUGGGGGAGAUGCAUGUGCAAUUAUUAUUAUUAUUAUUGAUGAUGGUUAAAGACAGAAUGAUGAUGAUUAAGGACAGAAAUUGCAAAUAAUAAUAAUAAUAAAGAGGAGAUUUCAGCCAACCGUCCAUGCCUGAAUGAUGUAAGAAUUCCUGCAAGGACGGUCAUUCCCAGAGAGGGGAGCCCUGACAACAAAGAGUCUUGUGUGACCUGGAAGGCUAACGAUUUGAUGAUGGUUGUCUGCUUCGGGGAUACUGCAGCCCGCUUCAAUAGAUGCACGAGAUCUUAUCCUGGAAUACAAAGCAUUCGUAUCCCUGCAGUGCUUCCCUCCCACUCCAGAUUAUAGUCUGUAGGGAAACUUGCUUCUGAGUAAAGAUGCACAGGGUUGCUGCACUGUCCCCAAUCUGGUGUGGUGGGGAAGAGUGUGGGCCAUCGAGCCAGGAAGGUUUGAGGUUUAAAUACUUGCUCAGCUCUGAAGAUCGCUGCCUCUCCGCCUAGCCUGGCCUCAGGCAGGAUUAAAUGAAUCGUAGAACUGUCAGCUGGAAGGCACACUGGGGUCAUCUAGACCAACCCCCUGCAAUGCAAUCAUCUUUUGUCAAUAUGGGGUUCGAACCUGAGGUUAAGUCUCAUGCUCAACCAACUGAGCUAUGUAAAAGGCUCAUUGUUGAUUAUUAAUCUUUAUUCAUUACUAAGAAUUCUUACGAAUGGGCUGCAUCUAGCUAACUUGUUCCAUCAGCACAAGGAUUUCUACUUGGGCAGAGGAACAUCCCCCGUUCACACCAAGUCUGCACCCUGUGUUGCGAAUUCUCCGCAGCGCUUUAGCAGAAAUGCUCAGAAUUCCAGGUUCUUCAGUGCAGUAUAUUUAUUGUGAGCUAUAUAUACAAAUAUCUACAGGCUAUAAUACACGAGCAGUUCAUACAGUCAGACAGAGUACCUGGCUGCACCUUAAGGCAAAUAGGAAGACCUCUCUCUCUCUCUCUCUCUCUCUGACCACACUCUUCUGCACCACCACACUUACUGAUGGACAGGUUUUCCUUUUAAACCAAUGACAGCCAAUCAACUGACAGCACAUUACUGCUGAGUCUUUCUGACCCAGCACUUCCAUAGAAAGUAUUGCAGGCUGAUUGCAUCAGCCAGCAAACUCAAGCCUGCAGACUUACUAUCUCACACAGCAUUCUGUGAAUCCUGACACCCUGCACACUUCCCAUAUCUGAAGAAUAAGUGGGGGAGGCUCCAUUGCACAAGUGGAAAUACUUGCGCGGAUGAAAUGAAUUAGUUGACUACAUCCCAAUAAUAAUAAUCAAUCUAACUGUAAUUAUUAAUAUUUUUUAUUACAAUUGUUUUAUGAAUUUCCUUCUAAACGACUGCCUCAAGACGAUUUACACACAAAAUAAUUAAAAACAGUUAAAAGACACAAAACCAACAUUAAAAAAAAAAACAAGACCAAAAGAAUCCUAACACGAGUCAAGCAGCAAAAAAAACCCCUAAUGCUAUUCCAGGUUGCAUCAACAUCAAGUAUAGUGUCCAGAUCAAGGGAAGUAAGAGCCUUGGUCAGACGACACUUGGAAUAAUGUGUCCAGUUCUGGGCACCACAAUUUAAGAAGGAUGUCGACAAGCUGGAAUGUGUGCAGAGGAGGGCAACCAAGAUGAUCAAGGGUCUGGAGAUUAAGCCUUAUGAGGAACAGUUAAGGGAGCUGGGAAUGUUUAGCCUGGAAAAGAGGAGACUGAGAGGAGAUAGGAUAGCCAUCUUCCACUAUCUCAAGGGCUGUCCCAUGGAAGAUGGAACAAGCUUGUUUUCUCCUGCUCCGGAGGGUAGGACUUGAACCCAUGGCUUCAAGUUACAAGAAAGGAGAUUCUGACUAAACAUUCAGAAAAAACUUCUGACAGUAAGAGCCCUUCGGCUGUGGAAUGGCCUCCCUCAGGAGGUAGUGGACUCUCCUUCCUUGGAGGUUUUUAAGCAGAGGUCAGGUGGCCAUCUGUCAUGGAUGCUUUUGCUGAGAUUCCUGCAUUGCAGGGGGUUGGACUAGAUGACCCCCAGGGUCCCUUCCAAUUCUACAAGUCAAUGAUUCUAUAAUUCUAAGAUUCUAAGAGGACACUGGCAGUAAAGACCCCAUUUGCCCAGCUAGAAAUCCUGUUGGAACUAAAAAGGUCUUCACUUGUUUGGGGAAAGCACAGGUCGUAUCUAUUCAUAAUUAUUGUUGUUAUUGUUGGGCAUUUAUCUUUCCGAACAAAUAAAAGUUCCGUUUCUCACACCCAACCCAGCUGCGUUUAGUAAGAAGACACAGAAGGGGUUGAAUCUGGAGUGGAGAUAG